AUGAGCUUGAAAUAUCGUCAAGACGUUUCCAUUAAAUUAGCCAACUUUUUUCUGUAUGUCGUCGGCUUCUGGUUCGCCGCUAAUCGUAUAGAGGAAUGGUUCAGAAACGCGGCGAUUCUGUAUACCAUUGUCACGGUCUUCUUUGUCAUGUGGCUUCAGCUGAGAGGGCUUUAUUACGCCUGGGGAAACCUUGAAGUUUGCAUGUACAUGGCAGGCAACGGUUUAGCCAUGGUUUUGGAUAUAAUCAAGAUUUUCUCCCUAGUCGUACACAAGAAAAAGUUUCUCGGUCUGAUUGAGUACAUGCAGAAGAAUUUCUUGCAUUUGAACUACGAUCAGUACGAGAAUUCUGUUAUCGCACAGGCGAAACGAAUGUGCAUUUACUUCGUGUGCGUUUUGUCAUUUUUUUCUCAAUCUUCAGUUCUUUCCUAUAUAGUAAGGCCACUUGUAUCAAAUCUUGGAAAGAAUGAAUCUGAUAGAGAACAUAUAUACGAUAUGUGGCUCGAUCUACCAUUAUCCAUAACACCAUAUUAUGAAAUUACUUACAUAAUACAGGCUUUAUCUGUGUACCAAGUUAGCGCGUGUUACCUUUGCUUUGAUAUCAUUUUUUUCAUUUUGUGUCUACACGUGGCUGGUCAGUUUCGUAUACUACAAUACAGAAUUGCCAAUGUGUCAGGUCUAAGCGAGAUAGUGAAAAGCAGUGAAAAUCCAAGCACAGAUGAAUUAUACUCAGAGAAAUGUUACAUCAAGUUUAAGAAUUGCAUUCAACAGCAUCAGGCACUAAUUGAAUUUUGUGCAACACUCGAAGAGGUAUUCACGGUAAUUGCACUCGGACAAGUCCUAAUGUUUAGCAUACUAAUUUGCUUCGUCGUGUAUCAAGCACUCCUGGUGAGUAUCAAUUUUUAUUACCUGUGGAAUUAAAUGUUCGCAACGAUGACGGGCGUGAGUCAACUAUGGAUGUUCACGUACAGUUGCGAUUGCAUAACAACAGAAAGCCUGAACAUCGCUGAAUCUGUAUACGCUGGACCAUGGAUAAAUUUACCAAUGGAUAAAUUUGGAAAACUGCUAAGAAAAGAUCUACAAGUGCUCAUCUUGAGGGCGAGACGACCUUCCUCUUUGACUGCCUGUGGAUUCUUUUCUAUAUCUCUCGAAACCUUUACUAAGAUCAUGAGUACAUCAAUGUCGUAUUUCACAUUAUUAAAACAAAGUAUCGACGACACGGUAUAUUCGUAA